AUGGCUGGCACGGAUGAUAAAGCUGGCGUGGGUGGCGGCGGUGGCGUUAGCAUGGUGACCAUUGCACCUGCUGUCAUGCCCGCUCCCUCCCGUUACUCCCCUUCCCGACCGCCCCCCAGUCAAUCCCCGCCAAGCCCGGCAGCAGCAGCACCUUCGGUUGCUGCCUCCAUGCCUCCUCCCCAGCCUACUGCUGCUGCCACGCCUACACCCUCACACCUCUCACACCCCUCCCAGCCCUCACUCCACCCACAACCCUCUCCACGUGUCCCCCAGCUAUUGCAGGAUCUGCUGCUGUUCCCGGGGUCCUCGGCCGGCCAGGCUGUAGCGGCGGCUGUAGCCGCGGCUCUGGACAGGUGCUGUGGGGGCAGGGCGAGCGGGGGGAGGGCGAGUGGCGGGCGAACAGGUGGGGGGAGGACCAGUGGGGGAUGGGCUGGUGGGGGGAGAACUGGUGGGGUUUGGGCGGGUGAGGGGAGGGCUGGUGAGGGGAGGGCUGGUGAGGGGAGUGAGGGUGGGGGGAGGGCAGGUGAUGGGGGAAUGGUUGGGGGAGGAACGGAACGGGGGAGGGUGGGCGCGGGGGGCUUGGGUGGUGGGGAAUUGGGUGAGGGGGGGGAUGGUGGAAGCGGAAUGGGGGUUAGAAGAGUGGGUUGGGGGGGGGCGGGUGGGGAGGGAACGGCAAGAGGGGAGGCUGAGAGGGAGAGAGCAGGGGUAAGACGGAAUGGGGGGGAAGGGCUGGGGGAAGGGGAAGGUGGAGAGGAGGAAGGAAGGGGAAAGAGGAGGCGUGUUUUGGAGGGAGGGAGUGAGGGAGCGGGUGGAAGGCCAAUAGAGUUGAGAGUGAGUGAGGGUGGUGGUGGUGGAGGGGGAGAGGCGGGAGGUUGGAGAGGGAGAGGGGGGGAAGUGAGUGGGUGGGGGGGAGGAGUGUGGGGGGGAGGGGGGGAAUGGCACCAGGAGGGAGCUGUUCCUGGGACAGGGGGGACUGGAGAGGAGGGAGGUGAGGAAGGAGAGGGAAGUUCCGGAGACGAAGUGGGAGGAAGCGGAGAGGGAGGAGAAGGAGGAGGAGGGGAAGGAGGAGGGGAACGAGAAGGAGAACGAGUAACGGGUAGAUCAAGGAAAGGAGGGGAGCAAGAGGACGAGGAAGAGGAGGAGGAGGAAGAGGAGGAGGAGGAGGAAGAGGAUGCUGCGAUGGAGGUCGGGAAAAUGGAGAACCUGUUGGACCGUGGUUGGCGUCGGUCAGGCUGUUUUCUCUACAAACCCGACAUGCCCCGCACCUGCUGCCCGGCCUACACCAUCCGUCUCGUGGCGGGGCGGUUUCAGCCCAACAAGGAGCAGCGCAAGGUGCUGAGGCGCAUGGAGAGGUUCCUCAGUGGAGACAUCGACCUUCCGCCCCCCAGGCCUAGAGAUUCCCCUGCUAACCGUCCCGGCCUCGCUUUUAACUCGGGCGCAGGUUCAGGUUCAGGUUCGGGUGCAAAUUCAGGUGCAAAUUUAGGUGCAACGCCGCAGAAAUCAGACCCUGCAAAGGGGCAAGCCCUAGGGGAUGCACGGAUGGAAGGGGCUUCGACUGGAAAUCUGGAGCAAGGACCUUUGGCAGCAGUGCAGGCGCGUGUGGAAGGGGCUUUAAGCGGGGUGCUACAGCUAUGGAGGGAGCAGGGGAUGCUGCCUGCCAGCCUGGUGCUGCCUGCUGUGACGCUCAGAUCUGUUCCUGUCAGCGUGAGGGCGCGAGUCGGGGAGGGGAAGGGAGGGGAGAGAGGGGAGGGAGGGAAAAGGAAGGGAGGGAAGGGUGGGAAGGGGAAGGGAGGGGAGGGAGGGAAGGGAGAGGAGGAAAGGGCAGGAGGGGCAGGGGAAAGCCAGCAGAAAGGAGCGUCUGCUCCUCUGCCUGUGCUGACGUCAAACAUUGCGUUUAUAAUCUGCUCCGGAUUAAAGAAACUGCAGCAGCAGCAUCCAGGGGUGACAGCCACACAGCAAUCAGCAAGCGGAGAAAGAGGGGGCACAAGCGCUCUCUCUUUAAGCUCUAGUGCACAGGAUUUAGCAGCAAAGCUGGUAGCCGAAGCAGAGGGGGGGUGGCAAAGGGGGGGACUGCCAGAGGGGGUGUGUGUGAGAGCCGUGCAUGGGCAUGUGAACGUGCUUGCUCCCGCCGCUCUGCUUCAUGGUGGCAUGACGACAGGCACGAAUCAUCAGCAACGGCAGCAGCAGCAGCAGGAAGAGCAGAAGCAGCAGCAACAGCAGCAGCAGCAGCAGCAGCAGCAGCAGCAGCAGCAGCAGCAGCAGCAGCAGCAGCAGCAGCAGCAGCAACGGGACGAGCAGCAGGACCAGCAGCGGCAGCAGCAGGGGAAACAGCACACCCCACGACGUUUAGAGAUAACAACCCACCCAUCGGCGUUCACCCAGGAGGAGUACGAGCUGUACCGCAAGUACCAGAUUCACGUGCACGAUGACAAGCCCUCCUCCGUCACCAGAAGAGGUUACGAGAAUUUCCUCGUCAACACCCCCCUCAUACACGUCCCUCCACCUGCUCCUUCCACCUCCGCUCCUCCCACUUCCACUACUCCCCACCCACACUCAGUCCCGCCCCUAGAAGCGCCCAAGCCUGCCUCAGCGCCCCUCCCCUCCUGUGGGUACGGGUCUUUCCACCAGCAGUAUCGGAUCGACGGGCGCUUAGUGGCCGUGGGGGUGGUGGACGUGCUGCCACGCUGCCUCUCAUCUAAGUAUCUCUUUUGGGACCCAGACUACGCGUUUCUGUCCCUGGGGAAGUUUUCCGCGCUGAAGGAGAUAGAGUGGGUGCAGCGCGAGCAGCAGCGGCGCCCUGAGCUCUUAUUGGAUUCGUACUAUAUGGGGUAUUAUAUCCACUCCUGCCCCAAGAUGACUUACAAGGCCGCGUAUGCACCGUCGGAUCUGCUCUGCCCUCUGCGCUACUUGUGGGUGCCCUUCACCCUCGCCCGCCCUCUCCUCGACCGCUCCCCCUACGUUGUUCUCUCCUCCGCGCUGCCAAAACGCCCCCACACCCCGGCCAGCCUUCCCUCUCUCACAAACUCGCACCAUCAGCCUCUCUCUUCCAUGGGAGGGGACGGGGCUACAGUGGGGGAGGGGCGAGAGGAGGGAGCGAGAGAGGCAGUGCGAGGGUAUACAGGGGUGGGGGGGGGACAGACCGAAGCAGAGAGAGCAGAGGUACGAGAACUACAGGCUGCUGCUGAGAGAGGGGCUGGUGGGUUGGACGAGACGAGUAGCAGGGAGGAUACUACUAACGAGUAUGGAGUGCAGGGAGGUGUGUACAGGGCCCAAGAGGACAGGAAAGGGGGCCAGGGGGGGGAAGAUGGGAUGGAGGUUGAUGCGGGAAGGGAAGGAGACUGGCGGAGAGGAAUGGUAGGAGGAGGGGGGGAAGCGGGUGGGAGUGAGUGUGGAGGAGGAGGGGAGAGAUGGCCGGAGGAGUUGAGUGAGGAGGAGCGGCAGGAGAGAAGCAGGGAGGUGGCAGCAACGGUGAUGGCCAUGCCGUUGCUCAUCAACGGCUCCCUGCAGAUCAGCUUCGCUCAACUGCUGGAGAUGGGCUGGCUUUCCUCUGCCUCCACACGGGCCAUAACAGCAGCCCUUAAGACCUUCUGUGAAGCUGCUGGGCCUGAAGGCCAGCAGCCCGGCGUGCAACACGAGAUGGAGCCGCAGCCGUCCGUGACGCGCCAGGCGUACAAGCCGGCCGAAAAGCUUAAGGGUAAGAUUGCGCUGAUCACGGGAGGCGAUUCUGGCAUCGGGCGGAGCGUGGCUCACCAUUUCGCGUUGGAGGGAGCGGCAGUGGCGUUCACGUACGUGUCACCGCGAGAGGACAAGGACGCCCAGGAGACCGUCCGCUUGCUGCGCGACGCCCAGCGCCCCGAGCACAAGCAGCCGCUCGCCAUCCCCGUGGACCUCGGGCACCACGACAACUGCAAGGAGGUGGUGCGGAAGGUGGCGGAGCACUUUGGGGGAAACAUAGACGUGCUGGUGAACAACGCAGCGGAGCAGCACACCCACAAGACCCUCGAGGAGAUCUCACCUGAGGAGUGGGACCGCACUUUCAAGACCAACAUCCACGCCUACUUUUACAUGGCAAAGUAUACAUUGCCUCACAUGAAGGAAGGCAGUUGCAUCAUCAACACCACCUCUGUUACUGCAUACAAGGGCAAUCCUUCUUUGCUGCCGUAUUCCACCACCAAGGCUGCCAUUGUUGGUCUCACUCGCUCACUCGCCCUCAUGGUGGUUGACAAGGGAAUCCGCGUGAAUGGUGUGGCGCCUGGGCCUGUGUGGACGCCGCUCAUCCCGGCCUCGUUUGAGGAGGAGAAGGUGGAAGGGUUUGGCAAGCAGGUGCCCAUGAAGAGGGUGGCUCAGCCGGAUGAGAUUGCCCCAUCCUAUGUGUUCCUGGCAUGUGAUGAUUCCUCGUACUUCACAGGCCAAGUGCUCCACCCCAAUGGAGGGGUGGUUGUGAAUGCUUAG